AUGGCGUCAAAAAUGACUGUCGUGGUCAAGCACCAAGGCAAAAAGUACAAUGUCGACAUAGACCCUUCGUCCACCGGCGAGGAUUUCAAACUGCAGCUUUUCAGCUUGACCAACGUCGAGCCUGACAGGCAAAAGAUCUUGAUCAAGGGCGGCCAGUUGAAGGAUGAUGCCGAGAUGGGCAAGCUGGGCCUCAAGGCCGGGCAAACAAUCAUGAUGAUUGGAACUCCCGGAGAUUCCGGCGAUCUUGUCCGUCCCAAGAAUUCCAUCAAGUUUGUUGAAGACAUGACGGAGGCCGAGCAAGCUCAGCAGGUUGGAGCCACACCUGCCGGGCUGGUCAACCUGGGAAACACCUGCUACCUCAACUCGACUCUUCAGACGUUGCGCUCCAUCCCCGAGCUGCAGUCGUCUCUUCAAAAAUACUCACCACCCGUUUCCACGGGACUCUUGGCGGGCAUGACCCAGCUGGAUUUGGUGGGGCAGCUAGCCGCUCUAUACAAGCAGAUGGCCGGGACCCAGGGAGCGUUCCCGCCCGGCUUGUUCCUCGAUGCGCUCCGCCAUGUGUUCCCUCAGUUUGCGGAAAAGGCCAAGUCGAACAAUGGCUACGCGCAGCAGGAUGCCGAAGAGGCUUGGUCUCAAAUAGUUCAGCAGCUCAGCCAAAAGGUCAUGAUUAAAGAGUCGGAUGGCGCUCCCGAGAAUUCAUUUGUCGACAAGUACAUGUCCGGGGAAUUCUCCUCCACUCUGGAGUGCGACGAAGAAGAAGCCCGAAACGGUGGUGAGCAGGCUGUCGAGAGCAAAGAUCGGUUUUACAAGCUCAACUGCCACAUUGACGCCACGACGAACCAUCUCCGAGACGGCAUCCUGGCGUCUCUCAGCGAAAAGUUGGAGAAGAAUUCCGCCAUGCUAGGCCGCGACGCCACCUACACGAAAACGUCGCGGAUUUCUCGAGCUCCCAAGUACCUGACCGUUCACUUUGUACGAUUCUUCUGGAAGCGAGAGACCAAAAAGAAGGCCAAGAUUAUGCGCAAGGUCACGUUCCCGCAAGAGCUCGACAUUGUCGAGUUUUGCUCCGACGAGCUGAAGAGGGCUUUGGCGCCGGUUCGCGACAAGGUUCGCGAGAUAAGGAAAGACGAGGAGGAUAUCGAGCGAGCCCGCAAGCGUCGUAGGACGAACCCUGCGCAGGACUUGGGCGAUAUCCCCGGCGGCGCCGGCCUGCCUUUGGAAAGGGAAAGGACCAAGAAAGAGAAGGAGGAAGAGAAGGCCAAGAACACGACUGACGGCGACACCGCGAUGGGCGAGACGUACAAGACGGAUGCCGAGAUUGACGCCGAAAAGGACGCUUCCGUCGUUGCCGCCAAGAAGGAGCUCAACGCGCUGAUCGACCCGGCGCUGCGUGAUGACGACGGCGCCAACCAGUCGGGUCUGUACGAGCUUCGCGGCGUCGUCACUCACCAGGGCGCCAGCGCGGAUAGUGGCCAUUACACGGCCUAUGUCAAAAAGACUGCUCCGGUCGACCCCAAGACGGGCGCAAAGGGCGAGGAGGACGGAAAGUGGUGGUGGUUCAACGACGACAAGGUCACCGAGGUGACGGUAGACAAGGUUGAGGCCCUGGCCGGCGGAGGUGAAUCGCACUCGGCACUGAUCUUGCUGUACAAGGCGGUUGCCCUGCCUUCGUCAGAGGGUGUUGUUGAGUAA